AUGGUGGACUUUGCACACAAAUACGAAGAGGUUCCGACCCUCGAAGGUGGCAGCCCGCCCGUUCGAAGUUCUCGCAGCAGGAGCAGCAUCUGGCAUUAUCUCUGCAUUUCCAUUCUCGCCAUCGGGUGGGUGGGCACCAUUGUGUACAAUCAUCGUGCACCGCCCAAAGAAAACGGUCCCUUACAUCUAUACACCAACACGCCGAUUCCGAAAGAAGUCUUCAAGCCCGUCAAAGUCAUUUUCGAUAAAGAUCCCAAGUAUAUGGGAUAUUCGAAAGAAGUCAACGAUGAAUGGGAUUUGCUUGUUGCUGGUCAUGAUGCUCUUUGGGUAGAAGACCCGGACAAAUAUGGUCUUGGUGAAGGGAUCGUGGCGCCGUUCGACCACCCUAAUACACCUAUACCCAAACCGCGGAAUUUUUACGUCGUUUCGCUUCUUCAUCAACUUCAUUGCUUGAACAUGAUUCGAUACCAAUACUACGUGGAGAAAUUCCAAGUCGAGAAUGACGAGCCCGUCAAGUGGAAAGUCCAUGUUGAGCACUGCUUCGAGUACCUGCGUCAAGCAAUCUCCUGUGGCGGCGAUCUGGUCAUCGAAGGCGAGAGUCAGAUCAGGGUCGGCCAUGGCCAUGCGACUUCGGUCACGGGCUGGGGAGUGGAACACGAUUGCAUUGAUUUCGACAAGCUGCUGGACUUCCAGAGGCUGCAGGAAGCCAGGUACAAUCAGACCUGGCAGAAUCCGUAAAGAUGCAGAAACCAAGCGAGUUUUUUCGAUUUUGUCUUCUUGUGUGUGAUUUCAUUCAGAUAGCAGUCGACCUGGUAGAACCAUAUGAAGUGCAUGCUCCCACCCUCUCUCCCC